AAGUUUGCAUAACUACUGUUGUUACCAAGACUAGAUAGAUUAAAGUUAGCAUGGGUUUUCCUCCCCCGGCUACAAAUCAUACCUUCUCUUGCUAGGGAGAUGUGUCAUGUAUGUAGUGAAGGGCUAGAGCAGGUUAAUUUACUCUAGCUGAUGCUUGGGAAUAGUCAUUUCUGAGUUAUCUGUUUCUCUCAGCAAUGACUGCAACUGAGUCUGAAAGCCCUGUUCACAGAGAUUUAGCUUCCUACCAUUACUUCUACCUCUUUUUAAAAGCAACAUGUUUUGUUCUCUCUACAUAAAAACCUAACUGAAAAUGAAGAUAAUACCAGGAAAUCAUUAAGUCAGACCUCAUCGGAACAUAUGAAUGAUUUCACCUGAAUAAGAGUUGCACAAUAUCAAAACUUUUUGGGUGUGCUGAUUAAAAAAAAUGGGUUUUUUAAUAGUUCCAGGUAAUAUUGCAGAUCACACAUUCCAUCUGCAUCUCUUGGUGAAGUUUGCUGUGUUUACUGAAUUGCUACAACAGCUUAUUUCAUUCCAAUUAAGUGUAAAAGAUUUUUAUCUGUGGACUAUUAACCGCACUGAGUGAACUGAAAAGCUCCUGCUGCAUUGCAUUUGAGAUGAUUUCCUGUGUGAUAUAGUGGCUCGACAAACGUGAGAGUUACGGCAUAUGCAUGUGAAUGUACCUACAUACGCAUCUCUUGCUGAUGGAGUAGUGUGAUACCUGUAUGAAUGUCCCAAAUUUCUGACAAAAUGUGGGUGCUCUGCUAGGGAGCUCUUUUGGGGGUGGAACAGAAGAACAUCCACUACCCCUGAGGACAUGUUGGGGCAUUUGCUUAACAGAGAAGACACAUGGUUUAACUGGCCUCUUACAAAUGAUUCAUUGCAUGCUGAGCAGGUAGAUCUGAGACAGUAGGUGGGUCUUUGGAUACCCCAUGUAAUCAUAUGAUUUCUAAUCUUUCCUCUCCCUCCCCACCCCUAAAUUGACGCCUGUUCAACAUUGCUGAAGACAAAAGCAUUCUCUAAAAGGGAAACAAAACCUUGCUGAGAUGUCCUUGUCUGGCAAACCAGUAACAGCACGCCACAGGAGAGGUCCUGCUGCAGAGAUGGACGUACACCAGGGCAAGCUGGAGUUUUUCUGUAAGCUGGGCUAUGUCAAGCAGGACAUCUUCAAAGUGCUGGAGAAUCUGGGCCAAGAGGCCCUAGAAGAUGAUGUGCUGAAAGAACUGAUCCGAAUGGGGAGCAGACCUCAGGCCCAUGGCAGUCAGGCUCAGCACCCACUGCCAAAACUUGUUGCCCGUGGAUCAUGUAGCACUCUGGCAGUGCCCAAAUGGCCUGAAGAGGACACAGCCAACUCUUCCAGUAACUUGAGACCCAUUGUGAUUGAUGGCAGCAAUGUUGCUAUGAGCCAUGGGAACAAAGAAGUGUUCUCGUGCUGGGGAAUUCAGCUGGCGGUGGACUGGUUCAGAGAAAGAGGUCAUAAAUAUAUCAAGGUCUUCGUCCCAACCUGGAGAAAGGAACCACCGCGAUUUGAUAGCCCUAUUACAGAUCAGCACAUUCUCGAAGAACUUGAAAAGCAAUCAAUCCUUGUGUACACCCCAUCCCGCAAAGUGAAAGGGAAGAGGGUGGUCUGCUAUGAUGAUCGCUACAUAGUUAAAGUGGCCUAUGCCAAAGAUGGGGUCAUUGUUUCCAAUGACAACUAUCGGGAUCUCCAGAAUGAGAAUCCCGAGUGGAAGUGGUUCAUUGAGCAGCGACUCCUCAUGUACUCCUUCGUCAGUGACAAAUUUAUGCCUCCUGAUGACCCCCUUGGCCGCCAUGGACCCACUCUCACUAAUUUCCUCAGCAAAAAGCCAGCCCUUCCUGAACCAAAAUGGCAGCCCUGUCCAUAUGGGAAAAAAUGCACAUAUGGCAGCAAGUGCAAAUUUUACCACCCAGAAAGGCAGUAUCAUGCUCAGCUGUCUGUUGCUGAUGAGCUCCGAGCCAAAACAAAGGCUUCCUUACUAAGCGUGGGGGCAGAGGAAGAGUUGAAGACCACCCCUCCUACAGGCAGAGGAGAGAAUGCACCCCAUGACACUUGCCCCAAGAGGCAGCAGGAAUCCAGUGGCGUGAGGGGAAACAGCUCUGUGCAGAGUUUUACAGUCGAUCCCCACUGUGUGGAGUGGACCCAAAGGAGCUACUUGGAGGAUUCAGGGAGGGCCUGGGCAGACAGGUCCCAAAACAAGCUGGAACCUGAACAGAGGUCAUUUCUGCAAGACCCAUUGAGAGAUCAAAGGCUCAUGGAAAAGCAGCUCUCCAUGUUAUCACUUGGUGACCACAUAUACAGUGAAAGUGGGCCAGCAGGCAUGGUGCAAGCAGAGGACAGGGUGGACAGUCCUCAUCAGUGCUGGGAUCAUAGACACAGUUCAUACUUCACUGCCCACCACCACAGCGUGGAAUGCACGUGCUUACAGGGCUGUCGUUUCCACCCAAGUUCUCAUCUGGGUAGGUACCCAGCUCAUGGCAGGGCUCAGCCCUGCUGCAAUAUGCAGACACAAGCAGUCCAGGAUCAGCGAAUCCUUUAUGUCCCUGACAGCUCUCAGGCCAGACGAGGCCUGUAUUCUUCCUUGGCUCCCCUGAGCGACCCCUUUCCAUACAGCAAGCCUGAAGAUGCAUGGUACCAAAAGUAUUUAUUGAGCCAGCCUCCAGUUCAGCCUUUUCCGUUAGAGUCUGGUAAGCGGUCUGGCUCCUUUCCCAGGGUGGAUGGCUGUCCACAUGGUGAAUUCCUGCAGAGCCAUGCUCCGGGUCCUCUGGCUGGUGAGCGGGCAUGCAUCCAUACAGUGCUCUGCUCCAUGUUCCCCUAUAACGAUGUGGAUCGAGUUAUGUCCUUGUACCCUGAUCUUGAAGAUGUGUCUAGCUUAAUAUUAUUAAUUCAAAGAUACAGGAAUUUAUGAAGCAGUGGAGAUUCUCUCCCUGCUUCGGUGCCUAAAAACAGAAACAAAAAAUGCAGGACACCUCGCCCCACUGGGGAGAGCUGUGUCCAGGGAGAGAGAAGGCUCCUGUUCCCUGCUCAGCCAGCAACUCACUGUAUAGCCUUGGGCAAAUCACCUAGCAUCAAGUUGUGACAGGCAGCCACUGGCAUCUGGAGGAGGUGGGAGGGAGGGGACUGUGGCUCAGGGAGUAAUUCCCUCCUUGAGGCACAAUCUUUACCAAUUAUAUCAGAUGCAGAGGGACACUGCACAAUCCUUAGGAUUCCCCCUCAGGCAGAAGGUGCACACUGCCAGCCUUUAUGGAGGGGGAGCUGUUGUGUCUUCUGUCCCCCAACUCUUGAGGUGCCAGGUAUCUCUGACCAUGCAGCAGUAGAAAUAGCACCCUGCCCAGCACACAGGCACCACAACUGUGGCAGGCCUUUGACAGACUCUUCACCCACUCAGGACUUUAACUUUUCUCCCUUUUACUUGCUUCUUGGGCUCCUAAUGCUUUGUUACAGGUCUCUGAGGUGGGAAAGUCUAGUUAAGUACCUUAAAAUGCACAUUAGGGAUCUGCUGGAAGAGUCUCUAGCAUUGCAAAGGUGCACGAGGUGAGGACCGUAUAUGCAUUUGUACCUCUGGAUGAUGGACCUACUGAUGCAGACACUUCUGAGAACAGUAGGGUGGAUGUUCAUGGAAGGAGGCACAUUCUUUUCAAGGAAAUCCCCUCCAAAAAUCUGACUGACUUAAGUGUGACAACUGACCAGGGAAGACCGCAGGGUAUCAGUACUGCAAAAAAACAACUUUUCUCUGUUUUGCAAAGACUUGUUUUUCUUUGUCUUGACCCUCCAUUUACUUUGCUUAUGUGAUGGUAGUUGGCUCAGAAGAGUGAGGCUCUAUUUGCCAUUCCUGUGCUUGGCAAAUUCAGAGCAAUGACAGGAAAUAAUGCCCGCUCUUUUAGCUACCUGAAAAUCUGUGUCAUUGGAAACCUGGGACAGUUGAUCCUAGAUGUGUUACUGCAUGAUUUGAUCUGAUCUUGAAGGGGGUGGCACUUCAGACAAGGAAAAAUCCUUCUUAUUUAUUCUGAGAAAGGAGAUGUAUUCAACUGAAGGAGGAUGAGUCAAACAUCCCUAGGCCCCACUGUAGUCCAGCUUUAAAAUCCUAGCCUACAGGCUUAGUUACUGCAUUUGACUCAUUCUCCCUGCAAGCUCUGGGUAAACUUUGCUACAUGGGAGCCCUGCGCAGAUGGACAUUACUUUGUAGACAUAGGCCACCACCAGUGCUAAUCACAUAAUAUGGUAUGUUGUCUAACAGUAGUUCAACUUCCCCGCUAUGAGGCAGAUGGCUUUUUAUUGUUCUAUGUCAUCUUAAGUCAUGACAACACUUAAGUUUCACACCAGCCCAGUCCCAUCCCCAAUGAAUGACUAAAAAAUUUGCUUGGAGACAGGGAGAUCAGAAGUGGACUCCAGGCAUACUUCAAAAGAGCAUUUUAAACCACCACUCUUGAUCUAAUAAAUACUACCAUCUUAACAGUAAGUGUUAUGCCACACUGUACCUAAGCCAUGAAAAUUAAACUUUGAUUAGGGUCUUUAUCCUAAAUCCCCAUUAGACUUCCCCCUCCCCCUACCUCCCAGGAGACAACAAUAAAGAUAGUGAGCCAAAAACCCAUUAAUAUUUUCUUGCAUGAAAAACCUGACCUUUUAUGUUCCAAAUAGGUUCCAAAUAUGGCCUUGUAAUGUGAUUAUAUAGCUGGUUUGUGGAUAUAGCUGUUUAAACUGUGUUCCUUUGGGACGUGGUUGAUUUUGGUAAGCUGUAAAGCUGCUACUCCAUGCACAGUUCCAUGUCAUUCUUUAGGUUACAAAAUCUCUUAUCUUAAAGUUGACCCUGGAAGGGUUUUUUUUUGGAAUUUUACCAAAGUCUGAGUAUGUUUGUGAGAUGCUGUAGGAUUACUGAAGUACAAAGUAAACAUUUUUCAAUCUGGCAAA